GCAUCCGAGACUUUGACUCUACCUCCAUCAUCGCCCCGCCCUUGAAUGCCCCACACCCCGAGAGACAACGCAUUCCGCAGAUUCUUUUCGUCUGACAACUUCGGGCGGGCGCCGCCGCUGGUGACCGACUCACCUAGUCCUGAUCGAAGAGGCACUCCGGACGAGCCGGUCGACGCAGCCUCGUCUCCCGCAGCGCUUUUCCUCUCUGCGUUCUCGCCCUCCUCGUCCUCGUCCGGCAGGGGUUCCCAGGAGCAGAGCGACGUCGAGCCGGAGGGCGAAGGGUCUGUGGUCGGACAGUUUACCCUCGGCCCGAUCAUCGCACAUGGCGGCUUUUCGACCAUUCGGCGCGCGACGUCCCUCUCGAACGGCUCGACCGUCGCGGUGAAGAUCGUACCAAAGGAGGUGCAGAAGGAGUCGUCGACACGGAAGCGCAUCGCGCACGAGGAGACGAUCUGGACGAUGCUGUCACACGAGCAUAUACUCCCGCUCUUCGCUUGCGUGCAUACCCCGACGGCGGACUGCUUCGUCACGCAGCUGUGCCCCGGUGGCUCGCUGUUCGACGUGCUUCGUGCCGGGGUUCCGCCGGUGGAAGAGACGGGGAGGAUGUUCAGGCAGGUCGUCCGUGGCCUGCGCUACCUGCACAAUCAGGCAGGCAUCGUGCACCGGGAUGUCAAGCUAGAGAAUGUCUUAAUUGACGAGGCUGGAGUUUGUCGGAUCGCAGACUUUGGCAUGGCGGUGCAGCUGGACGACAGUGCUGUUGAGGAUGACGACUGGCCGGAGGGGCUGCCCGUCCCCAAAGGCGCCGGAGUCCAGCGAGCAGUUUCCUUGGCAGUUCCUCGACACGCUUCGCACCGUUUCUCCCGGCCAACAGCACCAUCGACUCCACCGACCGACUUCCAGCCGGGCUCGCUCCCUUACGCCGCUCCCGAAUUGCUCCGCUCCCCACCACUAACGACCUCGGUGUCCAUGUCGGGCAAGACGAAAGCCGAGGCGAUGGCAAAUGCGAAUAAGUCUGCAUCUGCGUUCGUGCAGGGCAAGUCGGGCUCAACUGCAUCUCCUGGUGCUUCGACAGUGACUCCACCCGCUCCAGCCCAGGAUAUCUGGGCCCUAGGCGUCAUGUUGUUUGCUCUCCUUGUGGGCCGACUUCCAUUCGUGGAUUCGUUCGAGCCCAGGCUUGUUCUCAAGAUCCUGGAUGGCAAUUACACGCCCCCACCACACGCAAGCAAGCGCACACUGAGCGUGCUUCGAGGCUGCCUGUCGAUGCGGGUGACAGAUCGAUGGGGGAUAGAGCGGAUCGACGAAGCCGCUUGGGCUGUUGGAGGCGAAGAUUCAGCGAGCGCAUCUCACGAUGGCGAUCAUAGCCACAUGCCCAGGCACCACGCUCGGGCACCAUUCCCGGCGCCGCUGCCCACGCACGAGCUCGACAGGGGCCGGGCGCAAAGUGGUGCCGCUGCCCGGAGAGCUGAGCGGUCUGCCUCGCGGGCUCCGUACGACUCGUACAGUCGCAGCAGGAGCAUGACACGCAGCCGCACGACCCAGUCUGGAAGCCGCAGCCGGAGCCGGAGCCGCAGCCCCGGUCCUCCUCGCACUCCAGUGGAUCUCGCCAGCCCCAGCUUGGUACUCCCUGCGAUGGCUGGUUUGGGCAUCGGGUUCCCUGGCAAAGGACGGGGAAGGACCCUGACUGAAGAACGGGAGCCAGAGCCCGAGCCUGAGCCGGCGGAGGCCGAGGUGGUGACGUGUGCGACUUUCCUCUCGCCCGGAGACUUCGGGGCCAGCACCAGCACCAGCACCAGUAGAAGAGCUGGCAGCACACCGCCUGUUGCUUGGCGAGAUAGCCUAUCUGGCUCUGGGAGGACUCGAAGUCUCAGCGGAACCGGAGCGGUGUAAUCAAGGACAGACGGCUGAGUCUCGCCUGAAAAAGCAGCUGAACACUUGCUCUCUCUGCUUCACCCCGUUAUGAUCCGGUAUGAUGAUCUAAUCCCCCCACCCCUGUAUGAUCACUGUUAUCUCUCAUCCUGUCUACUACUGCAACUGAUGGCCUUAUUAUGUCGUGUAUCGUGUGUAUACCUUGUACCUUUUGACGUUUCUAAUCAAUGUAUUUGACCACUCAGUCGCCGCAGUAGCUUCGGCGUUCUACGGCGACCCCCUUCCAGGCUACGACAGAGCGGGUCUGGAUCGCUUAUGAUAGCACCCUUGAAGCGGUCAUGUUACAUGCUAUUCUGAGAUCCCGUUCGCACAAAGGAGAACUCCCCAAAUGUCAAACACGACGACCGAUCUCCUUGCACAUCUCUCUCCGGUCACUGUUUACUCCUUCUCCGGGAUAUUUUAGUCUCAGCAGCCGGGGUGCUGAGAACCCGCGGACGGUUCGCAAUCAUACCGGUAUUGAGAAGCCAUCGUGUAUUUUGGGGUCGCUUCGGCGGUCUCGAAUCGUACAAAUGAUGCUGCCAUAGUGGGAGAGAAAGAGAGAGAAGCCUCAUGAUCAUCUUUGCAGUUGAGAUUGGCCGACUGGAGAGCUGGAUAUGAUGAUACACUCUUGGAAAUUGGGUUCAAAGUGUAACGGGCCGAAAUCCAGAGGGGCCCGAACGGACCUGAACUCAGCAGAGGAUGAGUGAACGACAUAGCACUAAUCCAGGAGGGUGAUAUCUGCUUUGUCAGAAAGCCGUGGGGCCUAUUAUUAUCGUAGAACCUGAGAUCGCCGUCAUGCCUCAGUGGCUAUGGAGCGGCUUCGGCCGUCACAACGCGUGGGUAAACACCCACGCGUUGUCGCGGUCUCGCCAGAUGUCAUCAGAGAACUGGGAGGGCUUGUUGGGACACCCAAUGGAAAUAGAAUUUUUUCAGUUGACUAGCGUGCUCGCUCAACGAAGAAGCUUCUGAGAGUGAGGAUUGCUGGAUUCGUGCUGUCGGCUCGUGCGACGGCCGGCGUCGUUCUAUCGGCGCAAACGUAAGAAGCUUCAGCAUGCGCUUGCGCGAAAACAUCUCAGACACACAAAGCACCUGGGGCUGGGGCGCGUUGUUGGAGAGUGUAUGCUGUGUGUGAACGACGGGGGAAGAUGUGCAGCGCGAUGCGGCGGCCGGGGAGAUUUUUAAGUCCACGUCAUAGGCGGAAAGGCAGCAGCAAUGGAGAGUCUCACCCACAGCUCUUCGCAGCAAGGUCGCUCCGGCGGUGUCGAACGAUCAGGAACCCGGAUAAACGGGGUGGCUCGCAAACUGUGCGCCUAUAGCCGGGCUGUCUGUCGUGGCAUGCGAUGCUCCAGUAUCUAGACCAUCAGUGCGCUGGCCCCUGCUGAAACCGUCGCGAGCAGCUAUUGUGGGGAUACCGGGUCAGGCUGGAUCGCCUGCAUGACGAAUAUGGAGAUAGAUCGAUGUCUGUUGGCAGCCUCCCAACAGUUGAAUCCCGAGGGCCGAUCAAUAUGAGUGGAAGGCGUUUCUGUCCACGAGUUCAGAUGGGCAUGACGGUCGCAUCCGCAUCGGACGUCGUGUGUGAUGCUGGUUCCCAACGCACAGACAUUCGUCGUCAACCCUUUUCCAGCAGUGCGAGAAAGAUGAAGCGCAGCGAUUCGGAGACUUGUCGGUCGCAUGCGUCUCGCGUUACGCGAUUGCCAUCCUCCAAUUCGGGCCCUAUUUUUGCGAGUGAGGUCCAGCAUGGACGAGGGAACGCUCGGCCCCUCCUGUGGGAGGCAUCUUCCUCAGAUCCGAUGAUUCGGGGUCCGUGUUCAGCAAGAAGAGGGCGGCUAGGUGAAAGCUCGGAGGAAUUGUUGAUUCAUUUGUGACACUGAUUGCGCGUCAUCAGUCACGCUGUCACCCCGGCUUUUUCUGGAGCAAUCGCCAUGGAUAAAGGCCGUCCCACCGUCGUUGUUCUUUCCCUUCAUCCUCGCCUGGUCCUGCACCCACUGCGCUCGCGUCUGCCCUGCCUGUUUUUCGGUCUAUGCCUUUUGUUGUCCCCGCUUCGAGCCCUAGCCCACUUGAAUCCCCGCCGGCAGAGUUCAACCCCUUCAAUGACAAUGGCGGGACAAUUCUCGCUGUCGCAGGCUCCAACUUCAGUGUCAUUGUCGGCGAUGUGAAGCGGGGAGAUGGCCUUGGUCGGCAUUCGCCCAAAGUUUUUCGUCUCACGGACAGAGCCGUCCUCGCCACCACCGGUUUCUCUGCGGACGGAAACACAUUCGUCAAGAAGGUUAUGCAGCGACUCGAGUGGUACCGACACGCGCACGCCCGGGACAUGACGCUAAGCGCCGUCGCGCAGCUGAUUCAAGGGAUGUUGUUUCAACGCCGGUUUAUCCCGUUCUACGUGUACAAUAUUCUGGGCGGCAUCGAAGAGGAUGGCACGGGUGCCGUUUACUCUUUCGACCCACAAGGCUCGUUCAAGCGGACAGCGUGUCUCGCUGCAGGUGCCGCGUCCCUCCUGGUCCAGCCUUAUAUAGAUCAUCAGAUCUUCUACAAGAGCCAAGCUGCAACACCGGCUGCUCUGUCGCAGACGGAUCUGGCUCUCCCGCGGGUGCUGUCCCUCGUGGUCGAGGCGUUUACGGCAGCUGACGCUCGUCAUGCUGAUAUUGGCGAUGCUCUAGAGGUCUUUGUGGUCCUGGCACGCGGCAGCUCUUCGCAGGGUCUCGAGACCGUGCACGGUGUCACAGAGCUCACCCGAAUCCCCGGGGGCGAGCGUAUCUUCGUUCUGAAGCGCAUUUUGAAACAUACAUGAGCAACUCCCAUCCAGGCAUUUUGUCAUUGUACGUUAUUUGUUGCACGUCAUCACUACUACAACUGUCCGGACACUCGACACAUUAUUGUAUGUAUAUUAUCCCCCUAGAGUAUUAUUGUUGGCUUUGGAUUUUUUUGCGAACAUUGUUGAAUGUAUCGAUUGUCCCGUGUUAUAUUCAGUGUCGCACGCGGAAAUAUUGUCGGAGGAAUCAGAUCAAAUAAGCGCCACGACACCAUCCAAAUUACCAAAGAAGGCAGGUCAUCAUCCCAAUAUCGAUAAUUUCCCGAGCAGGGUCGUUCAAUCUGCGCAUCGAACACCUAUCACGUGACUUUCUGUUUCAAUGAGACCUCUUUAUUUCACGUCAUGGCCCGGAUUUCCAUGGAAAAUCUGGACGGAAUAUUCAUCGGUUGCGUGAUUCUGACGACAGACAAUCCCAAAGUUAAUUUCGGAUGAGAUCGCAAGAAGUUUCUGUUUGGCGACGAAUUUCGCGCCGAUAAUCUUCCUUCAGGUCGGGUGCGUCG